AAUUGAAUUGAAUUGAAUUGGUGUUAAAUCUGAAUAACAGUUUUCUAAGGUGAUGAUUCUGAAAUCUUUCCAGUAUAUGUAAAACUAUGGUUCUCCUUAGAUCUUCAAACAAGUACUUUCCAUGCUUGCAAAGAGGAACUACCAGUUGUAGACAAUCAUCUUCACUAAAGAGAAGCUAAUAGGCCUUGACCUUUGGAAAUUAAAAGACAGUGUGCAACCUUUAGCUCCACUUAUUAAAAACAAUUGAGUGCAUGCAUGUUUGAGCCUGUGUACUGUGGACCCUGCAUGGAUUUGAGAAAAUCCAAAAUUAAUUCUUGCCAUUUAAGACGUAAAUGUAAUAAAUUUGUACAAUCAUUCAACCAUGAAAAAAAGAACUGUUCAUAGAAAUCAUUAAGCUAUAGCUCCAGCUGUGUGUAUGAAGGUGUUUGAUGGGAACAUUUUUCCAUCAAAGACCUAAAAAUUAAAUUUUAAUUUCUUCUCAAAUAUUUUGAAUUAUUCAGAUCUUUGUGUCUCUUUUCAGGCUGAUUCUUCUAAAACUGGGUGUGUUUAGGAAGAGAGGAGGAUGGAGGCAUUGAAGGAGAACAUCUCCUCACACACAUAUUUCUUUCUGGAUGGCUUUGAUGAACUUGGAGCAUUGAGGCCUUUCCUCUUCAUCCCGUUCUCCUUCAUGUUUGCUGUGUCACUGUUUGCCAACUUCCUGCUGCUGUACGUCAUCAUUUCACAGAAAAGCCUCCACUCACCGAUGUACAUCCUCAUUGCUGCUAUGUCGUGCAUUGACCUGAGCCUGCCUCUGUUCUUUGUUCCCCACAUGCUGCUGAGCUUCCUGUUUGAUUGGAGAGGAAUCUCUUUGACCGGCUGCCUUGUUCAGAUGUAUUUUGUUCACUUUUUAGGAGCCUUUCAGUCCACUCUGCUGCUGUGGAUGGCUCUGGAUCGUUACUUUGCCAUCUGCACCCCUCUCUACUAUCAUGAACAAAUGGCUUUACCAAGAUUUCUCAAAUUUGUCAUCCCACUUUUCAUCAGAAAUCUGAUCACUGUCUUGGUGGUGGUGAUUCUGGCUGGAAAGUUAUCAUUCUGUUCCAGAAAUGUGAUAAACCAUUGUUUCUGUGAACACAUGGCCUUGGUGGAGCUGGCCUGUGGAAGCACCACCAUCAAUAGUGUGGUCGGGUUGAUGUCAGUGUUCUUAGUCUCUGUGACUGACUUCUUCCUCAUCACUGCCUCUUACAUUGUUAUAUUCAGUUCUGUGCUGAGUUCAGGAAAAUCAAGAGCCAAAGCUCUUCACACCUGUGUGACCCACAUCAUGGUCAUGACUGUUACUCUGAUCAUCGUACUCACAGCGUUCCUGUCAUAUCGAAUAAGAAACGGCCUCCCUGCAGCCGUUAGGCUUUUCUUUAGCAUAAUGUACCUGUUCUUUCCAAGUUGUUUCAACCCGAUCAUCUACGGCAUCAGAACCGCAGAGAUUCGAAAGCACAUCCUGAAUACACUGAAAAUCUGAACUUUUCUUAGGAAUAACCUGGAUGCAUUUCAGUGAAAUACAAUAUGAGCUUUAAUAUAAAUUAAAUGAAUCAGAAUAUGGAUUGUGCA